CUUCAGGACCAGCCUUUACACUGAACCAGACCACAGACACAAAGAUGAAGACGGCUCAGCUUCUCAUACUCCUGGUGACCAUUCUGGUGCACGCAGCAGUCGGCUUUCCCACUGACAGAAGAGCUCCGGCGGGCCGAGACAAACACGCCUCCUGGGACGACGUGAACGUGGUGGCUCAUGGCCUCCUGCAGCUGGGCCAGGGUCUGAAGGAGCACGUGGACAAGGCCAAAGCCCAGAUGAGAGACGUCAACGCCAAGCUGAAAGCCUUCAACGGCACGGUGGCCGACCUGGAGAGGAAGCAGCAGGAGCAAGAUGAAGCUCUGAAGGCAAGAAGCAAAGAGGUGGAGGAGAGGGAGAGGCUGGCGGCAGACCUGGCAGAGGAGGUUAGGGUGAAGGUGGAGGAGGUGAAGAAGCAGAGCGAGGACCUCCACUCCAGGAUGGACAGACUGGAGGAGAAGGUGGAUGAGGUGCAAGUUGUGGACAGCAACAACAGCGAUAACACAUUUAUCCAGAGGCUGGUGGUGGCUCAGAACAGACGCAUUGACCAGCUGGUGGAGAAGAUCAAGCAGCAACAAAACAAACUGGAGAAGCAGAGUCUGCACCUGCAAGCACUGCAGAGCAAGGUCGCACAUAAGAGAGUGAAAUCACACAGACGGAGAGAUGAAGAGACUGCACUGAGGGGCGAGGCAGAGCACAGCAAUAACACAACAGGUCUGGCCAGAGACUGUCACGAUCUGUUUGCACAAGGGCAGCGAGCCAGCGGCGUCUACACAAUCCAACCAGAGAGCUCCCAGCCCUUCAACGUCCUCUGUGACAUGACUUCAGAAGGUGGAUGGACCGUCAUCCAGAAACGUCAAGAUGGAUCCCAGAACUUCAAUCAGCUGUGGGAAAGCUAUAAGAGAGGCUUCGGUAGCCUGAACGGCGACUUUUGGUUGGGCUUGGACAACAUCCACUCCCUGUCCAAACAAGGCCAGUACGUCCUGCAGGUGGAGCUCUCUGGUUUAGCGGGACAGCAGCAGGCGGCAGCUCGUUAUCGAUUCCAACUUGACGGAGAAGAGAAGUUGUUCACUCUGCGCCUGGAGGAGGAGUCUUCACCUGGGGUUCAGGAGGAAAUAAUCAUGACAGGAGCCUCCGGUCUUCCUUUCUCCACUGCCGACAGAGACAACGACCUCGCCGCAGACGUCAACUGUGCUGAUCUGCUCUCAGGUGGUUGGUGGUUCAGCAGUUGCGGUGAGUCGAACCUCAAUGGCAGAUAUCCCAGAAGGCCGAGCGCGCUCAGACAGCACCAGUCCAGAAGACAAGGGAUGUUUUGGACGUCCACAAAGGGACAAAAGAACUCUGUGAAGACCACUCUGCUGAAGAUCGCCCCCGCUACCAUGAAGCAAUAAGCAGAUCAGGACAAACAGCAGAGGACCAAAGACAACAUCAUUAAAUGUAAACCAAGGACUGAAUUAAUCACAUGCACAUAAAUGAUCUCCUGAUCAUUGAAUGGAUCAUAUUUCUAUGCUAUGCCAUACGAUUAGUCACUGUCUCAGUGGACACGCUCAGUCAUAUUGACACUGAAUCUUUAUUCCCUUUGUAAGGGUUCUCUUCUCUGUCUUAUUUUGUAAUACUUACUGUAUGUGUUUUAAAAUACUAACACUAUAAUAAUGUACAGUGUAUUAUUUUCAACAUUUAUACACUUUUUAUAUGUCAUUUAUAUGAAGCGGAUAAAAAUAAAGCUUUUAAAGGUUU